CCCGGAAAAGAGGCGCUGAGCCCGGAUCGCUACCCGAGCACGUCCUGGAGAGGAAAAAGGCCUGCUGGGGCAUUCUGACUAGUCAAGGCUGCAGUUGAAGACCUUCACAGGACUCUUCACUGUUUUUUCCGUGAUGGACGGAAUCUGGUCUUGUCCAACCCUAAAGUGGAACUUGUCAGUGACCCUCCCUCUCUACAGAAUCAAGGACUGUGACUUUGCAGGGUCCUGGGCAGAUCGCUCCCCUCUCCAUGAAGCAGCUUCUCAGGGUCGACUGCUUGCCCUACGCACUCUGCUGGCCCAGGGAUAUCACGCCAACAUUGUCACCAUUGAUCAUGUAACCCCUCUCCAUGAAGCCUGCCUGUCAGGACAUGUAGCCUGUGUCAGAGCAUUAAUACAUGCUGGAGCUAAUGUGAAUGCUGCUACCAUCGAUGGUGUCACUCCUCUGUACAACUGUUGUGCUUCUGGGAGUGUCGGUUGUAUGGAACUGCUGCUGCAGAAUGGAGCACACACCCACACACCACACACACACUUCCCCUCGGCUCUCCACGAAGCCUGCAAGAGAGGUAACAGCCAGUGUGUAGAGUCCCUGCUGUCUCAUGGGGCAGAUCCAGACUAUGAAGUGUCCCACUUGGGUUCUCCUCUCUACAUGAGCUGUCUACACCGACACACAGCCUGCUCAAAGAUUCUGCUUCACAGAGGAGCCAAUGUUAAUGUAGGCAGAGGUGGUGACAGUCCUCUGCACGCCUCUGUCAGACAGGACUGUGCCGAUCAGGUGUCACUGUUACUGGAUUAUGGAGCUGAUGUCAACAUCAGAGACAGUAAUGAUCAGCGGCCUGUGGAGCUAGCGCCUGUUGGUGGAAAAACACAACAGCUGCUACUGACAUUUGAAGUUUCUCCGAGGAAUCUCUGCCAGUUGUGUCGUCUCCAGAUCAGGAACCUGAUUGGUCAAUCCAGACUGAAACUGCUCCCCCUCCUUCCUCUCCCUUCACUGCUCACUCACUAUCUGGAGCACAUAGGAUGAUGGGCACACAUACACAUGCAGCAUGAAAGGGAAAAGCAACUGCAAUUCAGAUGCAAUUCUGUUAACAUUUUAAAUUAGAUGUGCCAAGCCCCUUAUAACCACAUGUGAUGUUUACACAUCACAAUGUUUUACACUGUAUGGUUGAGUUUGGCUACUACAAUGUCAUUACAUCCAAAUACACUGCAUUUAAUCUACUGCACGCUGUACUCUGGUACAUAGUGCAAUGCCUUUGUGUUGCCAUAAUUGGCACAAUCUGUGUUUAUUUAAAAUGUUUAUUCAAUAUGACUUACACACAAUAUGUCAUUUUGUAAAUAGUGGACUUUCCAUUGGCAAGUGCUUGCCUUCAGGUGUCAAUAAAUGAUCCCCCAGCCUUCACAUUUUUAAAUCACGACUUAAAACUCACUUUUAUUCAUUGGCCUUUAAACCUGCUUGAGAGGUGUAUUCUGCAUUUUCAUUUUCCAGUUUGUUACUUGUUUUAAAUGUUCGUUUUGUUACACUUGUUUAUAAUCUGUCCUAAAUCAUGUCAAUGUCCAGCACUUUGGUCAACCUGGUUGUUUUAAAUGUGCUUUACAAAUAAAGUUGGACUGGAUUGGA